AAAGACUACGAUCCUCUAAAAGAAAUCAAUUGAACACCGAACACCAAAGCAAUAGCUUCAAUAGUUGAAUAACAACUUCCUUACUGUCUAUCCUCCACCCUCUAAAUUUCUCAAAAUUGCGGAAGUUUUUUGGACUAAUCUGUGGAAACCGUAUGUUUUUCUCGGCAUGGCAUAACGACAGAGAAACACAGUAGCGACCUUCACAUCAAGAUAUCAUUACUUUUUCGGUUUCCCAGGGCACGCGAGAGACGCAGACGUGUCAAAGUUCCUGGUUCAGCUGGUUGGCUUCCGUGUCUUCUGAUGGGAGACAGUGAAUUUCGGUAUAAAAGGAGUAGAUGGUGAGACCAGAAUGGUACUUGACUUUGUUGUCCAGUCUCCUACAGUAAUAAUGACAUCGGACGAUCCAAAACAAGUCUCAUACGAGACAGAGUCCCUUCGCAAGGUUGCAUUCUUCGGAAUCGCCGUGUCUACUAUCGCCACACUUAUCGCAAUUGUGGCUGUUCCAAUGCUGUACAACUAUAUACAACACGUCCAAUCAUCCCUCCAAUCCGAAGUCGAGUUUUGUGCUCAUCGUUCAAACGGUCUUUGGGAUGAGUACAAGAGAUUCGAAGGAGUAGCUGGAGUCGAAGGACGCAUCAAGCGUAAUGUUUACGAGCGCAAGUACCAUGCUAAGCAACGUCGGCAAUCUUACGGAGAUUCUGGAGCUUCCGGAGGAUUCUCAUCAGGGGGAAGUGGAGGAGGAUCUUGUUGCUCUUGUGGAGUUGGAAGCGCAGGGCCAGCCGGAUCUCCGGGACAAGACGGAGCACCAGGAAACGAUGGAGCUCCAGGAGCCCCAGGAAACCCAGGACAAGAUGCUCAAGACAACCAGCCAGCCGGGCCAGACUCAUUCUGUUUUGACUGCCCAGCUGGACCACCAGGACCAUCGGGCGCUCCAGGACAAAAGGGUCCAUCGGGUGCUCCAGGACAGCCAGGCCGUAGUGGAGGAGCGUCUCUUCCAGGACCACCAGGACCAGCUGGACCACCAGGACCAUCCGGACAGCCAGGAUCCAACGGAAACGCUGGAGCCCCAGGUGCUCCAGGACACGUUGUUGAUGUUCCAGGAACUCCAGGACCAGCUGGACCACCAGGACCAGCUGGACCAGCCGGAGCUCCAGGACAGCCAGGUCAAGCCGGACACGCUCAACCAGGACAACCAGGACCACAAGGAGAUGCUGGAGCUCCAGGAGCGCCAGGACAGCCAGGAUCAGCAGGACAACCAGGAAACGAUGGAGGGGAUGGAGGACAAGGAGCCUGCGAUCAUUGCCCACCACCAAGAACUGCCCCAGGAUAUUAGAUUUUUUAGAAAAUGUUUUGAAAUCGUCUCAAAAAUUAUAAUAAUUUUGGUGAUUUUACCAUUAAUAAAUACUGCCAGCAUCAG